AUGGCUUCUAAUUUCUCAUCAUCAACAAUCCUGAAGGGAUCGGAUUUGAUCCACGAAUAUUUUUGCACACCUUGCAAGGCCGACAACUUUAGCAACGAAGCCAAACAUUUCUGUGAGGACUGUAAGAUAUACUUUUGUGAUAACUGUUUGAACUUUCAUGCUAAGAUUCUGCAAGAGCAUACGGUAUACGGCCAGCAGGAGUUUUCUAAAGUGGGCGGACACAAUGAAAUGUGCGCGACUCAUGUGAAAGAGGUGCAAGCGUUUUGUGAAGACCACCAAGAGCUCUGUUGCAGCGUCUGUGUGACCGUUAAUCACAGUCUGUGUAAUAAGAUCCGACACAUACUGGAAGUUGCACGAGGCAUUCACGAUAAACCCGAGUACAAAAAACUAUUUGACAUUAUAACAGCACUACAAGAAACACUGGCCACCGUGAAACAUUAUGAAAACAAACACAGACACGAAAUCCUAGACGCCAGGACGAGGAUCCGCGAAGAGUUCAAAUCUCUUCGGUUAGAAAUCAACAAGUUGCUUGAUGACAUCCAAAAAACCACGCUCGACCAAUUAAAUGGUAUUGUAACUGACUUCGUUCACAAGGUAGAUGGUGACAUAAGCGGAUGUGACCAAGCUCAUGAUUCGCUAAAGGUAUUUAAAGAGAUGCUGCAAUCUGAGAAAAGGGAAAAAUCGUCUUUUAUACAAUACAAUAAAUGUCUACAUGAGAUUAAGUUAGCGGAACGUAUCAUUCACGAGAUGUCUACAAAAUCUGACCAGCAUUUAACAUUUCGACCCGAAAACAAUUGGAGAAAAAUUAUUAGCAAGAUGAAACUGUUCGGAAAAUUAGGAACCAAAUGUGCAAUAAAACCAUACCAUACUUUUAAGGUGGUUAGCCAAUCGAGAUUCAACGUUAAAGCUAUAGAUGACAAAACGAACUGUCAUGUAUCUGGUUUAUGUGAAUUACCUAAUGGCGAAUUACUAAUUGUUGAUCUCUUCAACAGGAAAGUCAAGCUUCUUGACACCAAUUACCUGCUGAUCGCAGAACUGAGUGUUACUUCAGAUCCUAUAAGCGUUUGUUCCAUUGCAGACAACAAAGCGGCUGUUACAGUGAAUAAUCUUUGGGAGAACAAAGGGAAUGUAAAUUUCUACACGAUUAACAACGGGGCGAUACAGCUGGAGAAGAAAUUUCCUAUGCUGCAUGAGUGCAUAUCCAUCGCCCACCACCAAGGUCAGCUGUAUGUUGGCUCAUCCCAGGCCAUUUACCUCUACACAAGGAAUGGUGAGUUUGUAAAGAAAGUGUUUGAAGACACUUUGAAUGUUGGGGUAUGGUCUAACCGAUUAGCCAUAGGCAAUAAUGGUAAAACGUUAUAUGUUACUAACGAUAACACCGAUGAAAUUAUAACACUGGACAACAUGGGAAACAAAAUAUCAACGUUCAAAGACCCGCAGUUAAAAUCACCUGUAGGUAUACACGUGAGUGCUAGUGGACACGUAUUUGUUUGUGGAAUGGAUUCUCACACAGUAAUGCAGGUGGACAGUGAGGUCAGGCAAAAGCUGGCCGUACUGGCUGGGAGCGAGGAUGGUCUGUUUUUCCCUCGACCGGUGUGGUUCUGCACUCGUACAUCCUCCCUCAUUUUAGGAGAGGAUGCAAGCAACAAAAUACUGGUUUUGAAAUUCGAUUGA